UAAAUCUCAGCCUGUCAUCUGGCCGAUCCCGCCAUCUCGCAGAACGUUUCGUUCACAUCAGCCGUGACAUCAAGUCGUUCAGCAUGACCAUCUACGACAGCACAGUGGGCUUCUUCGCGCAGAGGACGUCAAUGCACGGUGUGAAGAGCGCCUAUGAGGCGUCCAACAGGCCGUGCCGCUGUCUCUGGGGCGGCAUCACACUCUGCAUGACGGUGAUGGCCUUCAACUAUGGCUGGGGAAUUUGUUACAAAUAUCUGGUGAAACAAGAGUCGAUCACACGGCUGUCCUACGUCGACUACGGAGGGCUGGCGUUGCCCGUUCUAACCAUCUGCCCCACCAGAAAUCCGUUCAUUCUUCAACGGCUGCAGGGUAUGCUAGUGCAAUUAGAUGUAAGUGUUGGAUGUCAUGUUUGCUUUGUGUGUUCCCCUUGGAACGCCUCUGCGGCACCACCGCGCCUGGCGCCUGGCGCCGCCCCUGCCCGACCCGACCUGCCCUGGGGCUAG